CACGGUUUCUGCAUCAAAUCGAUUAAAUCGAUGCGAAAAUCGGUCCAUAACAAUUUUUUGUGAUUGUCCUUUGAGAAGACCUUCUAUAAAAAUAUUGCGAUAUUGUUUGGAAAAUUUACAAUUAAAUUGUCAUCAUGAUUCCUCGAUUGUCAUUAUCUGCCCGCCAUGUUUAUCGGGCAAUGGUGAGCUCUAAACGUAUGGCUCAUUAUGAAAAUCCGUAUGCUAAAUACCAUCCUGCUGGCAUUGAAUUGAUUCCGGCUCAUCACUCUAAGGAUCCAUACACUUUAGAUCCAGAAAAAAUAAAGAACGACCCACACCACACUCUUCACAAAGUUCCCAGAGAAUAUUGGCCUGCUACCUUGAAUGAAUUCCCUGCUCCUAGUGGUUCAUGGGCUGAGCAUUAUGCUGAAGUACAAUCAUCAUACAACAAGCAGCUUAUCGGUGGAAUAAUCCUUUUCUCGUUCGCACUGUAUACUUUCGUAUCCAAUCCUAGAAUUUUCUGGUACUCACCUCCAUUGGACAUUACUGAUCUUAACUGGAGAGAGGGAUUAGAGGAGGAAUAGUUGCGUAUUUUAAUUGCAAAAUGUAAUAUGUUAUACUGAAGUUCAAUACUUUUGAUCUUGACUCGAGAUCAAUAUGUAUCAACUGAUGAUAUUGUUAUUCGUCAUAGAUUAAUAGCUGGAAUAACAGAUUUGAUUUCUUUUGAAAAAAAUGUUUAAUUUACUGAUUUUCGGUUCAAUAAAUAUUCACAGAUAACAGUAA